UCUCUCACAGUCACUGUAUCACUGCUCCGUCUCAUCAAUUCCCAAUUUCCGUUCUCCCUCUUUCAGCCCUAAUUUCUUUUGCCGUUGCGCCGCCGCCUCUCGUCUCCUUCAACCGCCACGAAGCCUCUUCUCCGGCGGCCCUGCUCUGUAACUGAAGAUGGAGGAGUGUCGUACGGAGUCCAAACAAGAUGUUGCUCCAGUUUCAGAGGCUCAGCCUGAAGAAAUGGAGAGAAAAGCUCGUGUAGAUGCUGUGUGGCAGCAAAUGAAUAAAGGUGUGCCUUCUAAAUCUCUUAAAGGUAUUCUGGAUAUCCGGAGUCCAAACACAAGCAAGUCUGCUCGAGGAAGUUCGGUGCAGAAGUCGUCAACAGGUUGGAUGAAUUAUCUCGGUUUGGGAUCAACUAAGACACCAUCUCCUGUACAAGGGUUGGGAAAGCGUGCCAUAACAAGUGAGAAUAGUUCCAGUGAGGAAGCAAAAAAACUUGCUGCUGCCGCUCUUUCAGCAGUUAAGGAUGCUGCUGCUGCUUCAGCUACUACAGGAAGGGGAAAAGUGGAGGUUACUGAAGUUCGAGACUUUGCUGGUGAGGAAAUUGAAGUAAGGAAACUCGUUGAUACUGCCUCGAAAGAGGCAGCUGAGAAAGGGAAAGGUGUAGCCGGCACUGUCUCAGCUGUUGAUGCUGUUCUAGAACAGAUCAAAAAGAAGCCUAAACUCAGUGUCCUUGACAAGACAAAGAUGGACUGGGGUGAGUUCAAGGAAGAAAACAAAGGCAUGGAAGAUGAACUCGAUGCGUACAAGAAAAGUUCAAAUCAGUAUCUGGACAAAGUUUCUUUCUUGCAGCGUGCUGAUUACCGGGAGUUUGAGCGAGAAAGAGAUGUCCGGCUGGCAUCUCAGGCCAGGCGAAAGACUGACAUGAGAGAAGACUGAUCGAACUACUUUGGCUUGAAGGUUUCGAGCUAGGCCUCGUUGCUCUGUCCACAUCUCUAAAAUCAAAUGGAGGCCUUAAUCUGCAUAUAGGUUUAUCUCCGCAUUCCUCGUUUGAGUUUCAGCAUCAGCUGCAUUUUUCCAGGAUGACUGAGAUGCCACAAUUAUUGAGAUGUUUAGAAAUGUAUUACAUAGCAAUUUUCCCUCUUUAGUUUCUUGCCAUCUUAUUAUGCAAGAACUUAAAGAGUUUGUGUUAUGCUAAUACUGAAUGGAAUUGAAUUGGUUGUGCCAGUUUGUCUAA